CCCCAGAAUGCCAGCCUGGGAAAAAUAAUCUUGCUCCAUCGCAACAAUAAUAUGCAGGAGAACCAAACCCAUCCGGAAAUUUAGUCCUCCCUUUUCGCUCGUUCCCCCGAAGGACGAAAUGAUUGAACUUCGCAACUGAGGGACAAGUACAACACACCGCUAUAUUCCACUCCCGGCGCAUUUUCCACCCAGAUAAAUAUAUCAGCCCUGAAUUACUCCGCGCUGAGCCAUGUCCUCCUCAUCGACAUCUCGUGAUGUUCAAAGCUCCACAGACAGAAAUUCCAGCUCUACGUCUCUGACAACCGGGACUGGGACAGCUGUUCCUCCAAAACUCUCGACGCGAGAAAAUGAGCUAGAAUUGAAGGAUAUCAACCGGGAGGAUGGAAACACUAGCAAAUCCAAACGAUCACUGCCCAUCGAGGAGGAUAUAAUGCAGCUGGCUCGACUAGGUGAAAUAGGGGCCAUACAAAAGCUAUUCGAAAGCGGGAAAUUUAAUGCCAGAUAUGCAGAUGAAGAGGGUAUUACGCCUUUACAUUGGGCGGCAAUAAACAAUCAGUAUGCCCUUUGCAAGUUCUUGCUCGAGUCCGGCGCCGACGUGAAUGCGAAAGGGGGCGAGUCUGUAGCUACAGCGGCCAUGUGGGCAGCUCAGCGCUGCCACUAUUACAUCGUGAACCUAUUACUACAACACGGCGCGGACCCUCUAUCGACCGAUAUCCAAGGAUAUAACAUACUACAUCUUGCCACCAUCGAUGGAAAUGCGUUCCUCCUCGCCCUUCUCCUACAUCAAGAAAUCCCCGUUGACGUGCCGGACCGUCAAGGCCACACUGGGCUGAUGUGGGCGGCGUACAAGGGUUUCCCGGCCUGUGUAGACCUAUUUCUAAGGUGGGGAGCGAAUGUAAACGCUGUUGAUGAAGGCGGGCUGUCACCACUACACUGGGCAUUGGUUAAGGGUUCUCCAGCCUGCGUUCAAAAGAUCAUAGAGUAUGGCUCGGAUCGUUUUGCGGAGACGCGAGAUGGCAAGACUCCCGCUGUAGUAGCGGGGGAAAUGAACACGCUCAACGUGUGGUAUCGGGCUCUCAACGAAUGUGGUUACAACCGAGAGGGCAACCUUCGAGCGAUGCCAUUCGGGCUAGCGAACUUUGUACGGACAAAGCAGUUCACGUCGAAGUUUUUCUUCUUUUGGCCAUUCCUUGUCAUUCUCUUUUCUAUCUUUACCCUCAGCAAUACGGCUAUAUAUAUUGGUAUCCCAGUCACCAUAGGGAUUGUGUUUGGCAUGCAGUGGGUUGCACAACGGGUUGCAAAUCUUGGGCCCCCGGAGUAUAGAGUCCUGCAACGAACGCCCUUCUUAUCAGGCGUUUUUGCUGGAACUCUAUUUUGGGUUGGAGCACGUUGGGCCUUGAAGGUGCUACCCAAUACAUAUUCUUCACGCCCUUUUUUGAACUUCUUCUUCACAGUGUUUUUCGGCCUGACAACGUAUUUCUAUGGUCUUGCAAUGUUCGAAGAUCCAGGCUUUGUCCCUAAACUAGGAAGCAGAAAUCAGCAGAGGGACACGAUAGCAGAACUUUUUGAGCUCUGGAAAUUCGACGAAGACAACUUCUGUGUAUAUUGCAUGACUAGAAAGCCGUUACGCAGCAAACAUUGCAGACGGUGUAAGCGCUGUGUGUCUAAGCAUGACCACCAUUGCCCAUGGAUCGAUAAUUGCGUUGGCGCAAAUAACUUGCGCCACUUUAUUCUGUAUAUCUUUAGCAUGGAAAUUGGCAUCGUUUUCUAUAUACAAUUAGUAAUUGCUCAUAUUGAUUUAAUUCCUGUACCUGCGGAUGCUGAAUGCAACAUCCUUUCCUCAACACUCUGCGAUAUCCUCAACCGAGAUACCUUCACAAUCAUCCUCACGAUGUGGACCAGUCUCCAACUCAUAUGGGUGAGCAUGCUCUGUGUCGUCCAGCUUGUCCAGAUAUCCCGCAAUCAGACCACGUACGAAAAUCUGCGGGGACACACAUUCGACUAUGCGAACUCAGCUUCGCAAGCCAUUACCUCCGCCAUUACAACCGGCACUACUUCGACCGAUAUUGGCGGCCUCUCUACGACAAGCCAGGGUCCUAACCCAGCAAUUCCACCAACUACAAUACCAUCACACCGCCGACCGCUUCCACACCGCCACGACCACGGCUGCCUAUCCCAAUGGAAGACGCUGCUGGGUCUGGAUACCUUCGUAGCCACGGCGCAGGAUGGACUUGAUCGGCGGGGCGGGGCUCGACACAGGAACCCUUUCUCACGCGGUGUUGUUACGAAUUGCAAAGAUUUUUGGUGCGAUAGUCAGCCUUAUUUUGGCAAAAGAGAUACGGGGAGCGCAAUGUUAGGUGGCGAGGCGGUGAAUUAUGCUCGCAUGUUCGAUAUGCCACUUAUGACGAGGUCGGGGGGAAGUAGGGCUGGUUCCGGUAUGGUGUAUCGGAGCGUUGCUGCCGAAGAUGCUGUAUAGACUUGAUGGUGCUGAUCUCUUUUCGUGUUCCUUUUAAAUGACUUGAUGUUACCUACCCCUUUGUGGUCUGGACGGAUUGGCGGGACAUAUUAAUUUUCCAAUUAAUGACAGUUUUCUUUGCUGCUUAAUACAUUACAUAUUGAUUUAUUCUCUUCAGCGGGUUGGAAUGUAUAUAUACUAUACUAUGUUACACAGCGCUUAGUCUGUCUACUUGUUCUUCCUCAUGUAAAGUGAAAAUGCAAAAUGCAGCGUGAAUGUCGUUCUGGCCUGUUGAACGCCAAGCGAUUUAGGAGCAAGCCAACCCCCACGCACGUUAUGGUUG